AUGGCGACACCGUCCACGGCGAAAAACGUAGCGGACGUUCUCUCGCGAAUCACGGUCGCGUCUUCGCAGAGAGCGUCGACCUCUGCCGCGACUCGAUUAGUCGCGGUUUCGAAAACGAAACCCGUGGAGCAACUCCGGGAAGUGUACGACGCGGGACACAAAAUAUUCGGCGAAAAUUACGUCCAAGAGAUUCUGGAAAAAGCGCCGAAACUCCCGAACGAUAUCAGCUGGCAUUUCGUCGGGCACAUUCAAUCGAACAAAGCGAAAGCUCUGGUGCAAGGCGUGCCGAAUUUGAAAGUGGUGGAAACCGUGGAUUCGAAAAAAUUGGCGGAUAAAUUAAACGUCGCGGUGGAGCAGUGCAAAGCGCUUCGCGAGGAACGGCUGUUGGACGUGAUGGUGCAAGUGAACACGAGCGGCGAGGAGAGCAAGUACGGCGUCGCCCCUGGGGAAAACGUCGUAGAUUUAGCCAAACACAUUCGCGAUAACUGUAAGGAGCUGAAAUUAAUCGGGUUGAUGACGAUUGGUAUGCCGGACUACACGUCCAAACCGGAAAAUUUCGACCGCUUGAAAGAAGAGAGGAAACGCGUGUGCGACGCGCUCGGUCUCGGCGAGGAUUACGAGCGCGCGUUAGAGUUGUCCAUGGGCAUGAGUGGGGAUUUUGAAAACGCAAUCGCGAUGGGGAGCACGAACGUCCGAGUCGGAUCCACUAUCUUCGGUGCCCGAGAUUACUCCAAAUAA